AUGGCUUUCAUCAACGAGAGGAAUCAAACAAAAAACCUCAUAGAUCCAACUUCGACAAUCGCACAGAAAACGAUGGCGAUGAAUGCUCCGAACUCCCCAUCUCAAAUGAAACAAACCACAGAGAAUAUGACCACGUAUAUUCAACAAAUGGCUAGUAACUAUACAAUAGUAAUGAAUUCCACAGUAAAACAAGCAACUACGAAUCGAAAUCGAGUUCUCCUGUUCUUUAUUACAUCACUGCUCGUCAUUUCGACAUGUGUAGGUCUUAGUUACUGUAUUCUGCUAGGUUGUACACAUUAUCUCAACGAAAACUUACCAAUCGAUGAAAAUGUAAUUGACUUCAAACGAACCUCUUUGGUUAGUUAUGACUCAAAUGCAAAUACGUGCUCAAUAGCGAAUAGUAGACCAUCGAUGUUAGCUAAUUCGCAACGAAAACAAUCGAAACGUUCAUCGCCUGAUUCACUUCGAUUGUUUCUGUAUUGA